AAUUCAAAAAUUAACAAAAAAUCGUUAAAUUUUUGUUUGAAAUUGAAUCAAACAUUGAAUAUUGAAAAUUCGAACGUGAAACCAGUUCAACAUUCGAAUGUUUCGAGCACAAAAGUUUCGACAAUUCAUUUACCUGAUAAAAUCAACAACAAACACAAAUCAUCGGAGAAAAAAGAAAGAAUUGUUUAUGAACACCAACAAAACCGAACGAAUCUUUUGGAAAUUAUAACUAAUGGAAGUACACCUAUUUUGACCAAAGUACCCAAAUCGAUUUAUCGAAUUAAACUUGGUAGUAAAUUGGAAUUAUCAUGCGAAGCUGAUGGAAAUCCUAAACCAACAUUGAAAUGGAUUCGUUUUGGACGAACAUUUUCAUUUAAUUCAACAAUAAUUAUUGAAAAAAUUCAACCAGAUGAUGAUGGUUAUUAUGAAUGUCAAGCACGUAAUCGAAAUGGUAAAGCAUCGAAAGAAAUUCGUAUUAUCAUUGUUGGUUGUAUAUCAUCGGAAUCAAAUCUAAAUCAACAUCGUAAUUUAUUGCAACAGAUCAUUGAAGCAAGCAAAUAUUCAAAACGAAUUGAAUUAGGCAAUUUAAUAACAUUGAAUACAACGGAUGUUUUAAAAUUUUUUGAUUUAACCCGUCUGUUAAUUGCCUAUUCGGAUAACCGAACACAAUUUGAUGCCCUUAACCUGUACGAAUCAAAUCAUUCAUUAACAGCAACACAAGCAACGGUUAUGGGAAAUUUUACCGGUUGUGUGGGUGGUGCUAGAUUUGAAACAUUCGAUUGUUUUGAUGAUAACAGCGAUGAAUUUAGUGAAUAUUAUUCUAUAACCGGAAUAUGUAAUAAUCGAAAAAAUCCAAAAUGGGGUGCAUCAGUCGAACCAUUUCUGAGAUUAUUACCGGCAAAUUAUGCCGAUGGAUUAGUGAAGCCAAUAGGUUGGUUUGAUAAUGAAGAUGAUUGGUGGAUGAUAACGAAAACAAAACGACCAAAUCCACGAAAAGUAACCAAAGAAUUAUUGAGCACCGAAGCUGUUACCAAUGAUGAAUUACAUAAUCAUUUGUUGAUGCAAUUUGGACAAUUUCUUGAUCAUGAUUUAACAUUUGCUGCAUUAUCGGAUAAUCGAAAUUUAUUAGAAAAUGAUUUGGUUGAUUGUGAACGAACCUGUCAUGAGAAUGUUGAACCAUGUUAUUCGAUUUUUCGACCUGAUUCUUCCAAAUCAACAAUCAAUGAUUAUGAUAAAUGUAUUGAAUUAAAACGUUCAGCAGAAUAUUGUGGAACUGGAUAUACAUCCGUAGUAUUCGGCCAACUUAUUCGUCGUGAACAAGUUAAUCUGAUAACGUCGUUUAUUGAUGGAUCACAAAUUUAUGGUAAUAAUUUCGAACUAUUCAAUUAUCUUCGACAUCCUAAUCAGGAAAAUUCUUAUUUAUUAAAUUCAACAAUAAUUUCAAAUCAAACAUAUUUACCCAAAAAUGAUAAUUAUCAAUUAUUAUUAUCAAUGGAUUGUCAAAUGGAACCAGAACGUUCGGAUCAAGAAUGUUUUCUGGCUGGUGAUCAUCGUGCUAAUGAACAAUUAGGAUUACUGAUAUUUCAUAAUUUAUGGUUACGUAAUCAUAAUUUAUUAGCAAGAAAAUUUCGAUUAUUACGACCCAAUUGGACGAAUGAUAAAAUAUUUUAUGAAACAAGAAAAAUUAUUUCAGCACAAUUGCAAAUAAUUGUUUAUCGUGAUUGGCUGCCAUUGAUUAUUGGUUCGAAAGGAAUGAAAAUGUUGGGCGCAUAUAAUGGUUACGAUGAGACGAUAAAUCCAUCAAUAUCGAAUGUUUUUGCAACGGCUGCAAUGAGAUUUGGUCAUACUUUAGUGAAUAAAAAUUUGAUUCGAAAAUUUGCCAAUCUUCGACAUGAGCGAAAACAUUCGAAAGAUGAUGGAACAAAAAUGCAUCAAGCAUUCUUUCGACCAGAUCAGCUAUCGAAAGCCGAGGUUUUCGAUUUACUGCUAUUGGGUUUAGCACGAACACCAUUGAAAAAAUCAAUACCCGAACAAGCAAUCAGUGAUGAAUUGACUGAACAUUUAUUUCGAUUAUCCCGGUAUCAACCUCUGGAUUUAGCAUCUAUUAAUAUACAACGUGGCCGUGAUCAUGCAUUACCGGAUUAUAAUCAAUGGAGAAAAUUUUGUGGCCUAAAAAUGGCAGCCAAUUUUGAUGAUUUAAAAUAUGAAAUAAAAAAUCCUGAAAUUCGUAAAAAAUUACAAAAAUUAUAUGGCCAUCCGGAUAACGUUGAUCUUUAUGUUGCCGGUUUGAUGGAAAACAGUGAUUCGGAUGCAAAAAUUGGUCCAACAUUUCGUUGUUUGUUGGUCGAUCAAUUUCGACGAUUACGCGAUGGUGAUCGGUUUUUUUACCUGAAUAAAAAUGUAUUCACUGAUGAACAAUUAAAACAAUUGGAAACAACAACAACAUUAUCGGCUAUAAUUUGUCAAAAUAGUGAUAAUAUUAAAACAAUAAUAAAAAAAUCAUUUCAUCUUCCAAAUGACAAUCAAUCAUGGAUUGAAUGUGAUCAAUUACCAAAAAUUGAUCUAACAAAAUGGUAACAUUUUAUGUAUGAUGUGAUAAAUACGAGAAUUUUAUAGACAAAAAUAUAUUUCAAUUAAUAAAAAUAAAAAUUUCUACAUUAAAAAUU